UGACGUACCGGAAACGGUGUCAUCGGGCAAUACGUCACUCUCUCUAAGUUUUCCCGCGAUUCUGGUGUUAUCCUCUACUGGUUGUUGUGAGUCGUUUUGGGUUGUAUUUUUUUUAUAUGAUUAGCCGUAAACAUCCAGAAUGACAGGCGUUUACGAGUCUCCGAAGCCCAGAAUCAACGCGUCGAUGCUGGCUCAGUACAUCGGUCGAGCGGUCUGCUUCGUUGGACGCUUAGAAAAGGUGCAUCCAUCAGGAAAGACUCUUAGUCUGUCAGAUGGAGAAGGAAAAUCUGCAUCAGUGGAGCUCAAUGAACCUCUGGAUGAAGAGCUGAGUGGGAUUGUGGAGGUUAUUGGGACGGUGUCGAACAAAGGGGCCGUUAUGGCUGUUUCAUAUACUCCGUAUCGAGAGGACAAAACCUCUUUUGAUCUGGAGCUGUACAAUGAAGGCCUGAAAGUUCUCCAUGAUUUCCCCCAGUAUUACCCAUUUGAGGUGUCCUUAAGUGGUUAAACUGCACAUUUUAUUUGCCUUUUACAGUUUCUGUAUAAUUGGAUAUUUUACUGUGUUUGUAAAAAAUUAAAAUAAAAAAGUAUGUAAA